GCAGACCAUAUCCAACCCUCAGCUUGCGUUUUGCUCAUUUCCAUUUCUGUCUCCCGAUUGAUUUCAGAAGCCAUUUUCUUUCCCUUGUCUCUCCAUUCGUUACGGAAUAGGGUAUAUCUUAGAGAUUUCUAAUUCCUUCUAAAGAGUUUCAAGUGCUUGUAAGGGAGAUUCGAGGUUUGUUCGGAUCAGGGAAAUGGCAGAUGCUGUUAUCAGUGUUCUCGUAAAUAAAUUGGUGGCAUUACUUGUAAGCGAAGGUUGUCAACUACUUGAGUUUGAUAACCAGUUCGAUGAAACUACAAAGGAGCUUCAAUACAUGCAGAGCUUUCUCAAGGAAGCCGAUCGGGUGAAGAGAAAAGAUCGGAAAGAGAUUCUCAAAACAAUAAUGGGCGACUUAAGAGAGUUGGUGUACAAUGCUGAGGAUGUAAUAUCAGAUUACCAGCUUCUAUUCCAGAAAAAACACCAAGGUUGCACACCCAAUUUUAUGAGUUAUUGCUCUCCUACCCUUUUUAGAUCCCGCCGUGAGAUGGGAAAGCAGUUGAGGAACACAAAUAAAAAAAUAAGAGAGAUGAAGGAGAGGAUGAAGUCCUACUUGCAUACGACUCCUGGCCAAACAAGCAAAGAUGAAGAUGGUGAGAAUAUUGCAAUGACCUACCCAAUCCUAAUGGAUGAAGCAGAAAUGGUAGGACUAGAAGAUGACUCAGCGAAUAUUAGGAAUUGGAUCUUAGAAGCUAAUGGCCCAUUAACUGUGAUUGGAAUAGUUGGAAUGGGCGGAAUCGGUAAAACCACACUAGCUCAAAUGACAUGUAACAGUGAGAAGGUGAAACACUCUUUUAAGCACUUAGUUUCUGUCACCGUUUCUCAAAGUUUCAAAUUUGACGAAUUGUUGAAGAAGAUGUUGAAGAAACUAAAUGUAGAAGACAAAUCUCUAAGGGAAAAGGACGUCACUGAUCUAUUGGAAAAGCUUAAGAAAGAGUUAAAUGAGAAAUACUUGGUAGUUUUGGAUGACGUUUGGGGAACGGAUGAAGGGAUGUGGUGGGAUAGCUUGAAAUCCGCAUUGCCCAGAGUGAUGGGUAGUUGUGUUAUUGUUACAACAAGGAAUGAAGAGGUUGCUAAAUCAAUGGGGGCUACUAACAAGCUCCUACAUCGUCCACAAAUUCUUUCAGAUGAAGAUAGUUGGUCGUUAUUCAGCAAAGUAGCUUUUGGAAGAACGGGAGGUAAGUGCACAAAUCCGGACAUGGAGGACUUGGGAAAGGACAUCGUUGCAAGGUGCGGGGGGCUUCCUUUAACAAUCAAGGUUGUGGCAGGAAUGAUGUUUGGGAAAGGUGAUUCCAUCCAUGAAUGGCGACAAAUUUCGGAGCACCUAAAGGAGGAGUUGGCAAUCAAAAAGAAAGAUGAGCUAGUCAUUUCGAGGCUAGAAUUAAGCUACGAAGAGCUCCCAACACAUUUAAAACCAUGCUUAUUGUGCUUUGCCAUGGUUCCUGAAGAUUUUAUUGUAUCAGUUAACGAAAUGAUUUACUGGUGGAUUGGUGAGGGUUUUGUUUGGGGAAGAGACGGGAAAACAGCAUUUGAGAAUGGAGAAGAAUGCAUUGCAGAAUUAUUUAAUCGAUGUUUGAUUCUUGGAGUGGAUAAAGAUGUCUUUGGAAGAUUCUUUCGCGCAUGCCAAAUGCAUGAUAUGGUUCGAGCUAUGGUUAUAAAAAUUGCAAGAGAGGAGAGUCUUGUGAGCUUAGACUGUGGAGGUACAUCUGGGUUUAGUAUGCAGCCUCGCCACCUGGGAAUCUCGAUGAACACAACAGUGGAGAGCAUCCGAAACAGUUCCACCAAGUUGCGGACGUUGGUUGGGAUGGAGAUUAAGAGCAAAGAUAUCAUCCCAAGUGUAAAAGCAAAACUCUGCGAAUUAAGGUGGUUGAGGGUGUUAUCUCUUUCAUUGUCAAGCAUGCAAAUCGGGGAAGAUGUCGUGGCCAAGGAUUGGUUGAGUGGGAUAGGGUCAUUACAGCACCUCGUAUAUCUUAACAUAAAUACGAUUGCUUCCUUAGUAACACUCCCCGAUUCAAUUGGAAAUCUUCGUAAUCUUCAGAUUGUACGUUUAUAUGACUGCCCCAAUUUGAAAAGGCUUCCAACGUCAAUCACAGCAUUGGAGAAGCUGACUGUCAUUGAAAUAUUUGGUUGUGAAUCUUUAGAAUGCAUGCCAAAAGGGCUUGGAAAGCUUUCAAAUCUUGAAAUUUUAACAGUGUUUAGGCCUGUGAAUUCAGUUCAUAAAAAUGGAUCCGAAAUUUUGCAGUUGAAGAACUUGAUAAGACUCAGAGAACUUGAAAUUGAGAUAAAGUCAGAGAAACAAAUUGAAGAAGGGGAAUGGGAUGUGUUAUCAAUACUCCAGCAUUUGCAAAUUCUAGGAAUAAACUUUGAAGGUAGUUCUCUUGAAAGUCAUAGACUUGUAAGGAAGAUAAACCGUCAGCUUUCUCCACCCCUAAAGUUCCUCAGAGUGUUGCGGCUUGGGUACUACCCAGGAGAAAGCACACCUAUAUGGCUCGAUCCUAAUUCCCUUCCCAAUCUUCAGUUUCUUUUCAUUUAUGGGGGAAGGAUUAGUCAGAUGAGUCGCAGAUUUUGGAACAGAAAGAGUGGGGUAUGGAAAGUGGAGGUCUUGGUGCUAGACGACUUGGAAGAGAUGGAUGAGGAGUGGCCAAGGAUAAAAAAGGGAAUGCCAUCUUUAAUACUCUUCAAGGUUCGUGGGUGUCUGAAGCUUCAGUCAUUCCCAGUUGGGAUUGAUGAUCGGAAAUGGAGCAUAUGGAAGAAAGAAGGAGAAGAAGAGAAAACCUUUGUAGUCUCUCCCUCCUCCUCCUCCAAUGAUGACGACGAUGACGAAGAAGAAACCGAAGAAGAAAUCGAAGAAGAAACCGAAGAAGAAGAAAGAAUUCGAAGAAGAAGAAGAAAUCGAAGAAGAGGAAAGAAACCGAAGAAGAAAUCGAAGAAGAAACCGAAGAAGAAGAAGAAAGAAAUCGAAGCAGAAGAAGAGUUAGGGAAUCCCCAUUUUUGGGUCAAAAUUGUCAUUCUCUUGACGAAGAAGAAACCGAAGAAGAAAUCGAAGAAGAAACCGAAGAAGAAGAAGAAAGAAAUCGAAGCAGAAGAAGAGUUAGGGAACCCGCAUUUUUGGGUCAAAAUUGUCAUUCUCUUGACGAAGAAGAAACUGAAGAACAAGAAGAAAGAAAUCGAAGAAGAAGAAGAAGAAAUCGAAGAAGAGUAA